GGGUAUUGGUAUUCCUUUAGAAUUCCUGCUGCAAGGGAUACAACAAUGGAGGCCGAGAAAGUUCAUGGCAACCGGUUUAAGAAAAUGAACCGAAAAGAGAUGCUGGAAAAGAAGAAGCUAGUGGAAGAGAUCAUCAAAGCUGCUUCUUCUGUCAAUGACCAUCUCUCAUGCUUUCCGACAUUUAUUCAUUACCACAGAAACGGUUUGUCGGUAUACAUGGAAUCUGGACGUGGGAAUAAACUUUCUUCUCAAAUGAAGCACUAUAUCCAAGGCCUCCUCAAGGAAAAUAUGCGGGGACCAUAUGGAUCUGAAUGGCCAACGGAAGAGAAGGUCAAGCGCAAGGAAAUGGUUGCACCAGAAGCACGCUACAUUUUUGUGUAUGAGAUUCCAAGUGCUAAUCCUAGUGGAAUUCCUGCAGUGGGUUACCAGGACAGUGAUGAAGUUAAGACAGCGGAUGAUAAGUGCCAAGUAGUUGGAUUUGUACAUUAUCGCUUCACCAUAGAAGAAGAGAUCCCUGUUCUUUAUGUUUAUGAGUUGCAGCUUGAGCAACGCGUUCAGGGAAAGGGCCUAGGGGAAUACUUGAUGCAACUAAUGGAGCUUAUUGGUAGCAAGAGUAAAAUGGGUGCGGUGGUUCUGACUGUUCAAAAGGCAAAUGUUGUCGCUAUGAAAUUUUAUACUAGUAAACUUGGGUACUCCGUGUCUUCUAUUUCACCAUCCAGAUAUCUGGGGUUAGGACUGCAGACAAGUUAUGAAAUUCUCUGUAAAACAUUUCAUCAUGAAGCUAAAGCAAUGCUGGAGGAUUCGUAACAUGCUAAAGAAACUGAGGAGAUGUGGUGUUCAAUUGUUCAUGCGAAAAGAGUUGGUUCAAUUUCCAUUUGUUAUUCACUUGCAAGUUUUAGCUUUUCUGCUAUUCAACUUCUCUUGUGAUACGUGCAUGAAGGAACUAUGCAUAGAAGUUUAAAAAGAUAUUCUUGAAGUGGUAUUUGAAAUAAAAUCAGUAACAGAAUGACCUGGGGAAACAAAACAAUGGAAACAAUGAAAUGUAAACAUUCAGCAUCUAUCUCCCUUAGUAAUCAAUAACAGCAUCACUGUAUUAUCUUUAUUAAAGCUUAUCUCCGAGCUAAGCAUCUUUGUAGCAAACUUAAUGUUGAACAAAUAUAAGACAACAAUGUUAAGUUUAACUAUCCUUACCCCAUCGUAGGUGGGAGCCUUUGCGGCAUUGGGGGUAAUGAUGAUGAUGAAUGCUAAGUUUAACUAUAUUUUCCCUAUGCACUAAUAACAAAGAUAAUUUAAGAGUUGUAAACCAUUGAAGAAAAUAAACAUAUGUUUUGUUCAGAAAUCCUCCAUUACCUUAAUUACAAUCAGUAAGACUCUCGACUCAGUUUGAAUUAUUUAUUUCAAGUAUUAACUCUAUAUCGAGUGGAUGUGUGUUCGUUAAUGGUUUAAAUAAAAAAUAUUCUUUUUUAUUUAAAGACCCAAUGUGGUAUGUUGUGUGUUUAGUUUCAUCUCUUGAAUUUAAAAAGAAAGUAAGAAACAAUCAAUAGGGUUUUCUUCACUGCAUAAUUAUCACAUUAAUCUACUUCUGUUUGGAUAAUGUCAAGAAAAAGAUUAGAGGUAUCAAAAAAGUAACCUGUUGGUACUGCUUUAAUUAUUUGUUUUUGUUUGGACAAUCUUAAACUCUCUUGAUAAAGGGAGUAGACAGGCCCAAAACUGCUCAUAGGACAAGAUAGUGCAGGAUUUUCAUUCUAGAGCCUGAGCAGUUGUCCAUCCAAUGCUACUAAAUGGGACCUAGGUAGUAUGGGAUACCAGAAGUCCCACACCGAGUAGAAUGGGAUGCUUGGUGGGGUUCUUAAGUGCCUGGUUCUCCCAGCUUAACAGCUAGCUUUUGAGGUGUGGCUCUCCAAGGUGCUGAAGUUCCUAACAAUGGUAUUAGAGCCGCUUGUCGGCGGGCCAAAAAGGGGCUACCGGUGGAGGGUUCUGACCGGCGGAUCGGCUGAGUAAAAUACUGCCGGUUGAAGUUUCGCGGAGUGUAGCCGCCAGGACGUCGGCUUUCCAGGAAGGGUGUAUUGUUAGGGACAGGUAGUAUGGGAUACCAAAAGUCUCACACCGACUAGAAUGAGAUGCUUGGUGUGGUUCUUAACUGCCCGGUUCUCCCGCCUUAACAGCUAGCUUUUGGGGUUUGGCUCUCCAAGGUGCUUAAGUUCCUUAACACACUACAAUAAUGGCUGGACUAGAAAGACGUUUGUUUCAUUUUAUUUUGCUUAAAAUUAUAAUAACCCUGUAAGGCAAGUCUAUGAAUUCCGUUUUACCAUUCAGUUUGCCUUCUGCGUGUUGAAGUUGGAGCAAUGCCCAGGACCAAUUACUAAAAACCUGUGGGUUGUGGCUUCCAUGUGCUUUGUUGCACCUCACUUUUAUGGUGGAACCAGAACAUUAUUUAUAAUCGAAAGAGAGGAAUAUUUUAGCCAUGUUAGGACAGUUAUUGGUGUGUGACGCCUCAUAGGACUGAUAGUAUCAUAGUAUGUACUCUAGGCCUAUAGUGAUCUACUGUAACAUGUAUUGAAGGUAUCUGUAGUAUUCUUAUUAGUGUAGUGACGUGCACUUUGUCGUGGUGUGCACUUCAAAGUAAAUAUCAAUACAACAAAUAUAUGUAGUAUAUUGAAG